CCCGCCCCAGCGCCGCCCGCACGCAACAGUUUCCCCCAAAGUUGCAGCGCGGGAGGCGGGCGGGCGGGCCGGGGCGGCGGGAGGGGGACGCGGCCCAGCGCGGGCAGUCCCGGCGGGCGGCGGCAUGGGCACCCGGCAGACCAAGGGCAGCCUGGCGGAGCGAGCCAGCCCCGGCGCAGCGCCCGGCCCCCGCCGCGAACGGCCCGACUUCUGGGCGUCGCUGCUGCUGCGCGCCGGGGACAAGGCGGGGCGGGCGGGCGCCGGCGCGGGGCUGCCCCCCUACCACCGGCGCGUCGGCAUGGUCCAGGAGCUGCUGAGGAUGGUGCGCCAGGGCCGGCGGGAAGAGGCGGGGACGCUGCUGCAGCACCUGCGCCAGGACCUGGGCAUGGAGUCAACCUCACUGGAUGACGUCCUGUAUCGCUAUGCCAGCUUCCGGAACCUGGUGGACCCCAUCACACACGACCUCAUCAUCAGCCUGGCACGCUACAUCCACUGCCCCAAGCCGGAAGGAGAUGCCCUGGGCACCAUGGAGAAGCUGUGCCGGCAGCUGACCUACCACCUCAGCCCCCAUUCCCAGUGGAGACGCCACCGUGGGCUGGUGAAGAGGAAGCCACAGGCCUGCCUCAAGGCUCUCCUGACUGGGAACCCUCCAGACAAUACAGUAGAUCUGUCAGGCAUUCCACUGACUUUCCGGGACCUGGAGAGGGUGACCAGCUACCUGCAGCGCUGUGGGGAGCAGGUGGACAGUGUGGAGCUGGGCUUCACAGGCCUCACAGAUGACAUGGUCCUGCAGCUGCUGCCUGCACUCAGCACCCUGCCUCACCUCACCACACUAGCCCUCAAUGGAAACCGGCUGACCCGGGCCGUGCUCCGUGACCUCACCGACAUGCUGAAGGACCCCAGCAAGUUUCCCAAUGUCACAUGGAUUGACUUGGGCAACAAUGUGGACAUCUUCUCACUGCCCCAGCCCUUCCUGCUCAGCCUGCGCAAGCGGUCUCCCAAACAGGGCCACCUACCAACCAUCCUGGAGCUGGGGGAGGGUCCUACCUGUGGGGAGGAGGCCAGGGAAGGGACAAUGAGCCAGGACUCUAGAGAGCUUCCUGUGGUACUUUCUGAAGACCAAGAGGGCAAGGAAACUGCAACUGAAACAUGACCUUAAGGAGGGGCACCUCACCAGUCUUUGUGUAGCAGGAGGGCUAAGGCAGUUUGGGGAUACUACUGGGGCUGAGGUUAUGGCCACAAGAAUCUACCGGACAGAAAGGCAGCCCACAGCACUGGAAGAUCUGUAACACAUCACUUCCCUUUGACCCACCCCUUAAGAUACAUGCC